AAAACCUCGUCUCUGAGCAGCUACCACAGCAACUCAGUGAGUGAUGGAUCCCCAGGACUGUCCUUGUGCUACCAGUGGCUCCUGUACCUGUGCUGACUCCAAAAAUUGCAAGUGCACCUCUUGCAAAAAGAGUUGUUGCUCCUGUUGCCUAGCUAGAUGCAAUAAUUGUGCCAAGGGCUGUGUCUGCAAAGAUCCAGCAUCCAGUAAAUGCAGUUGCUGUCCCUAAAAUGGCUAUUUUCUGUUCUCCUGUAAAUAUUCUGUAUGAAAGGAGAAAUUAAUUUUGUUUGUAAUAUAGCAUUGACUAUUUUGUACCUUUCACAGAAAUAUCGAUUUGAGGUUGAAUGAAAACAAAGGCCAUGAUUGGAGAAAUG